GCUCCCAAAACGCACUCCGCAAUUCUCUUCUUCUCCGCGGGAAAAGUUAAAAUCAAACAGAGAGUGGAGAGCGGAGAAAUCGAGGUCCUCCGCGGCUUCUAAUUGACGCCGCCGCCUCCACCGCCGUMGAUCGUCUCGRAAUCUUUUCCGAUAUUGUAGUUUCAGUUUUCUUCCGGACUGACUUCAGGUCUCUACAAAAUGAUAGGACCACUAAUCAUCAGAGGACUCACGAUGAUUCUUGGCUAUGCCUAUCCUGCUUAUGAGUGCUACAAAACUGUUAAAAACAGCCAGCCAGAGAUUGAGCAACUUCAUUAUUGGUGCAAGUAUUGGAUUUUGGUGGCUAUGUUGACGGUGUUGGAGAGAAUUAGUGAUUCCUUUGUUUCAUGGUUUCCGUUCUAUAGUGAAGCAAAGUUGGCACUCUUCAUUUAUCUAUGGCAUCCGAAAACUAAGGGAACGAACUACGUGUAUGAUUCAUUUUUCAGACCAUAUGUAUCGAAGCACGAGCCUGAAAUCGACCGCAGUUUGUCGGAAUUCAAGAUGAAGGCUAAUGAUGCUGCACUUGACUACUUUCAAAGAGCUACAUCCUACUUUCAAACAAGAAUGUUUGAUAUAUUUUUGCAGUUUGCUCCAAAGCCGCAGAAGCAACCAUCAUCAACUCCAUCGGGAAAUGAACCACAAAAAGAAGAAGAAGACGCCAAAGCCAAAUGAGAUGGCGUAAAAUGGCACGAGAAAGACCAUUCAGAUUUAUUAUAAAAAUACAACAAAAUCCUCUUUCAAAUAAUAAAAGUUCGUGGAAGAAACAAGGAAUUCGACAAGAAAGAAAAUUCCUACUGUAAAGUGUAAACUAUUAUUAACCCACCCAAAGGAAACUGUAAUAAUGAUUAUUUCAUUUUCAAGAUAUGAAAAAGUUCUAGAUCCUUUUUAUUUCUCUC